UCCGGGGAAUGAGACAUGAGGGAAGCCCCUGUCAUCCUGGCAUCUCCACGAUUCCAUCUGGAGUUAUUGACUAAAGCUAUUCCGUCUUCUCUCUCUCUAUCUCGCGGCCUCGCCAUGGAUCGAGUACAGAUGAUUUUGUUAGGGCUACCUCUGUUUCUCUUCUGUUCGGACCUCCUAAACCUCUUUACUGUACCGCCACCGAAGCCCUCCGGUCAUCAGCACCACCACCACCAUCACCACGGACACCAUCCGCAGCAACCUCCUGUUCAACAAAACCUUGAAUUCCCCAUACAGAAAUCUGUCGGUGCUGGAGGCAUCGGGUAUGGCAACACCAUCAAUAUCAAUUUCUGCUCCUCCUGUUCUUACAGGUUCUUCCUUUUCUCUUUUAAUUCCUGGCCGUGAUGAAUCAGUUGGAUUGUCGGAGGAUGUUAAAAUUUUCUAGG